CGGGGCGGGGCGGGACAGGACGAGGCCGCGCGGCGCGGGGCCGGCAUGGUCAUGGGCGCGCAGUGAUCGGCCGCGCCGCGCGUCUCCUGGUAACCGCCGCCAUGGCCGAGCAGGAGCACAAGAGCCUCGACGAUUUCUUCGCCAAAAGAGACAAGAAGAAGAAGAAGGACAAAGGCAGAGGGGCGAAGGCGCAGCCAGCGAGAGCCGCCGCCGCUGCCCCACCUCAGCCGCAGCCGCAGCCGCCACCUCCACCUCCACCAACUCCUCCCGUCGCCGAGCCUGAGGCCUUGCCCGCACAGCCCGCUCCCGCCUCGGCCCCACAGCACGACCAGCUCCAGGCCCAGGCCGAGGCUCCGGCUCCGGACGCGGAUCAAGGACAGGCCCAGGCUCAGGGCGCCGAGCAAGGCCCACAGCUCAACCCGCCGCCGCCCGCCGACGUCACCACGGCCCCGGCUCCGGCUCCGGCCCCGGCCACGGCCACGGCCCCGGGAGGCGUCAGGAAGCCCAGGAAGGACAGGGAGCGGAUGGCGAAGGGCGAGAACCAGGACCCGAUGCAGGAGAGGCCCAGGGAGGAUGAAGAAUGGAAGGAGUUUGAACAAAAGGAAGUUGAUUACAGUGGUUUAAGGCUCCACGCCUUACAAAUCAGUGAUGAAAGGGAGGAAGAAGAUGAAAAGAAAGAAGAUCAAGAUGACGAUGGAGAGAAUGUCUCGUACAGAGAAGGAGAUCGGACCGUUGGACCGUGGAACAAGAUAACAGUGCAGGCACCCGUCGCUGUGGUGGAAGAGGUCCCGGAAGUGAAACCGACUGGUGUGUACCGCCCUCCUGGUGCCAGGUUAAACAACGCGAGGAGAACCCAGUCACAGGGACCACCUGAGAUCUUCAAUGAUGUACAGUUUCCAUCCCUGCAGGCCUCGGCCAAGCAUGUCGAGACUAGAAAAGAUAAAGAAAUGGAAAAGACCUUUGAGAUGGUGAAAUACAAAAACAGAGCCAGGGAGGAUGGUGCUAAAAGUCAGUCCGUUCAGCUAGAACUUGGCAACCAGUUUGCUGUUCUUGAAGAGCAGUAAAAGUUGGUGCUUAUUUUACAGGCUGCCUGCUCUGUUCCAUCCCAGGUAACUAAUGCAACGUGGAACCCACCUGUCUUCACCACACAAUGCCAGAGAGGGAGAGAGAGAGAGAGAGAGA